GCUGUCAACUUUACUGUCAAGUGCUUGAGUGUGAAUUUGGUAAACAUCGCUCCUGGGUUAUAGGUGAAGGAAUCUUGUUAUUGGGAGCUGUUGGUGGCAUAAAACAUUUUUGUUGGAAGGAGCUUCGCUUUAUCGGUUCAAUACUUUUAUCACAUAUUCGAGAGAUAAAAUAAUACUGCAAAAAUGGGACGCGCUGAAGUGGGUACCCCCAAGUACCUGGCCAAUAAAAUGAAGGCAAAGGGCCUGCAGAAACUCCGCUGGUACUGUCAAAUGUGUGAAAAACAAUGUCGAGACGAGAACGGUUUCAAGUGCCACACAAUGAGCGAAUCACAUCAACGUCAACUUCUCCUUUUCGCCGACAAUGCUGGUAAAUACAUCUACAGUUUCUCCAAGGAAUUUUCCGAUGGCUACCUGGAAGUUCUCCGUCGUAGAUUUGGAACAAAACGUGUCUCCUGCAAUAAGGUCUAUCAAGAAUACAUUGCUGAUAAGAACCACUUGCAUAUGAAUGCUACCCGCUGGCUUACACUCACGGAUUAUGUGAAAUGGCUGGGGCGUACCGGACAGUGUAUUGUUGAUGAAACUGAAAAAGGAUGGUUUAUUACAUAUGUCGAUCGAAGCCCAGAGGCGUUAGAAGCACAGGAAAAAGUUAAAAAGAAGGAAAAAAUGGAUAAAGAUGAUCAAGAGCGAAUGAUGGAAUUUAUUGAAAAACAAAUCGAAAAGGCCAAGAAAGAGGAACCAGAAACUGUCUACACAGAACUGAAAAAAGAUGAAGAUGCACCUCUCAAACUUGAUAUCAAAUUGUCCACGAAACGAAAACCAGAAACCGAAGUGCUUGGCACCACAUCCAAAAGAGCCCUUGAUAGCGAUAAUCGCGACGAUUCUAUUUUCAAGAAACCCAAACCAUCAACUAGUCGUUCAUCUAGUAAAACUGACAAAAAAUCCGCUUUGGAUGAGAUCAUGAAAAUGGAGGAAACGACCAAGGAGAAGAAAAACCGUAAAGACUACUGGCUUGCCGAAGGCAUCGUUGUCAAAUUCAUCAGCAAAGCAUUCGAGGGGAAAUAUUACAAACAAAAAGCUGUUGUCCUAGAGGUUAUCGAUAAAUAUCGCGGGAAAAUAAAAUUUUUGGAUUCUGGCGAAAAGAUCAAGGCAGAUCAAGCUCAUUUGGAGACAGUCAUUCCUGCCAUCGGGAAACCGGUACAUGUGCUGAACGGUGCCUACCGUGGUUGUAUUGCGAUAUUACGAGAAUUAAAUGAAAACAAAUUUUGUGUUACAAUUGAAAUUGCAAAAGGUCCGCUCAAGGGUCGGAUUGUGAAUAAUGUAGAUUAUGAAGAUAUUAGCAAAAUACAUGAUGAAUAAAUAUUUUAAAAUGUA